AUGCAAGGGAACAAAGGAAAAUUUUCAAAAUUUUACAGUUCUUUUUUAAGAAAGUGGUGGUUCGUCUUAUUAGUUUCACUGUGCCUUCUUCUCAUCGGAGUUUUAAUAGUCAUAUUCUUCGGAUCUUUAUUUAAUUUAAUAUUGGAUAAGGAAAUAGCAUUAAGAAAUGGAUCCGUGACGUUUAAAUGGUGGAAACUUCCACCGGUUAAUCCAAUGAUAAAAGUUUACAUUUACAAUGUAACGAACGCGGAUGCAUUUUUAAACAAUGGAGAGAAACCAAUGUUGGACGAAUUGGGACCUUUUACGUAUUUGCAAACGUGGGAAAAAGUUAACGUUAAAUUUAAUUCUAACGGUACGAUAAGUUACCAAUUGAAAAAAGUUUUUAUAUUCGAUCCGGAAAAUUCUGUCGGUUCGGAAGAUGACAUGGUCGUUAUACCAAAUAUUCCCAUGCUCAGCGCAACAUCUCAGAGUAAACACGCGGCGAGAUUUUUGCGGUUGGCAAUGGCAUCAAUUAUGGACAUACUUAAAAUCAAACCGUUUGUUGAAGUAUCCGUUGGACAAUUGCUUUGGGGAUACGAGGAUCCCUUGUUAAAGCUUGCCAAAGACGUUGUUCCGAAAGAACAAAAAUUACCCUACGAAGAAUUCGGUUUAAUGUAUGGCAAAAAUGGAACUGCGAAAGACAUAAUAACCGUUUUCAGCGGUGCCGGAGAUAUAACAAGACUGAAUUUGAUAGAAAGAUUUAACGGUUUUACUCAUUUGCCACAUUGGAAAACGGAAGCGUGUAAUCGAUUGAACGGUUCCGACGGUUCUCUGUUUCCGCCUCACAUAACCAUGAACACGACUUUACACGUUUACGAAAAGGAUUUGUGUCGUUUGCUACCAUUAAUAUUCGAAAAAGAAGUUGAAACGAGCGGAGGAGUUCCAGGAUACAGAUUCACUCCACCGCCUGAUGCAUUUGCAUCCAGAGAAAAAAAUCCAGAAAAUGAUUGUUAUUGUCCUGCGGGACCACCAUGCGCUCCUCACGGUUUAUUUAACGUUUCCCUUUGUCAAUACGAUUCUCCCAUUCUCGUGUCUUUCCCACAUUUUUACAUGGCGGAUCCAAAAUUGAGAGAAGCCGUCGAAGGUAUAAGUCCACCAGAACCGGAAAAACAUCAAUUAUACAUAGACGUUCAACCGGUUAUGGGCGUGGCAUUAAGAGCGAGAGCUAGAAUUCAAAUCAAUUUGGCCGUAAGUCAAGUUGUAGACAUUAAACAAGUCGCCACGUUUCCAGAUAUUGUUUUCCCAAUAAUGUGGUUCGAAGAUGGUAUCGACGAAUUGCCAAAAGAAGUGACGGAUUUAUUGAGUCUUGCGACGAAAGCUCCACCGAUGGCAAAAUCGGCCAUAAGUUAUACAUUAUUCGUUAUCGGAGCCAUUCUUUUCAUAUUAAGUUUAACAUGCAUAAUAAGAUCGAGUUCGAGACAAGAAAGUCUCAAUUUGGAAGGUACGAGUCAUUACGUGAAACCUGAAAAAACGAAAAAUGGUCACUCGAACGGUAUAAAUCCAGCAUUUGAAAGUUCAAACAUGAAUAUAAAUUCAACUUAG